UUGAAGUUGAAUUCGUUGAAUAUAUCUUAGAAGAAGAGAUGCCUAGAUCCAAACGUUCAAAGCUUGUUACACUAGCACAGACUGACAAGAAGGGAAGAGAGAACAAAGAGCGUAUCUUUGAUGAGGUUAGGGAAGCGCUCGACACCUACAGAUACUGCUGGAUGUUCUACCUCGAUGACGUUAGAACGCCAGUGUUGCAGGAGAUCAGAACCGAUUGGAACGGGUCCAAGUUGAUCCUUGGUAAACGUCGUGUUCUUGAGAAGUCGUUGGGUGAUACUGUGGAACAGGAGUACAAGGAGAACCUGCACAAAUUUGCCAAAUUUGCACAUGGUGUUACCGGUCUCUUAUUCACCAAUGAGGAGGUGAGCACUGUGGAGGAAUACUUCAAAGCGUACAAGAAGGCUGAUUUCUCAAGGGCCAAGCAGAGAUCGCCAAUUGACUUCACCAUCCCCGAGGGAAUCAUCUAUUCAACGGGUGGACGUCUUCCAGAGGAAGAUGACGUUCCUAUGUCACACUCUUUAGAAGAAACCAUGAGAAAUAAGUUCAAGAUUCCAACCAAGAUUAAAGCCGGUAAGAUCACGAUUGCCGAGCCUUAUCAUGUUGUUGAUAAGGGCGAAGUAUUGGAUGUUAGAAAGGCGCUUAUCUUGAAACAGUUUGGUAUCGCAGCAUCUGAAUUCAAAGUGAAGGUAAAGGCAUAUUACGAUGGUGAAACCUCAGAGAUCCAUGAGGUAAAUUUGAACAUUGAUGAAGAGUGAGGCCUCGAGCAAUUGCUCCCUCUCCCGUCUCCCAUCACUGGCGAACAAUGAAAAAGUUGGCAUUUAAUGUUGUUGUACAAUAGGAAUAGAUAUGGUUUUUAUUUUGGUUUUCAAGGUUACAAUUAGUCACUAUGUCCACAGGGAUAUCAAACGUGAUACCUCUGGGCGUAUAGCUU